AUGUCAGACACACCUAACUACCAGUUGGUUCAGACUCUGCUGGAGUCCCUGCAGACAGAGCUGCGCUGGUUCAUCUGUCCUCCAGAGGGCACCAGAGAACACCCAGCCACCACCUGCAUGGAGCUGUGGCUGGCUCAACCCAAUGUCACAAACGGGAUUUAUUUCAUUGAUCCAAACCAUGGGAGCCCGGCUGAUGCUUUCCAGGUGUACUGUGACUUCACAGCUGAGCCAAAGACCUGCCUGUCCCCUCUCCAGUCUCAGGUUCCAGUCAAACCCUGGCUAAAAGAAUCCGGCGCUGGCUUGGCGUUUAGUUGGCUGAGCAAAUUUAAAGAUGGCUUUGAGUUUGAAUAUCCCAGUGUGGACGUGGUUCAGAUGAGGUUCCUGAGACUCCACAGCCGACUGUCCUCUCAGACGAUACGAUAUCUGUGUGCUCCCGGGAGCAGGCAGAGCGGAAAAAAGAGAGAGAUCAAGUUCUUAUCUGAUACAAGAAACCAGAGCUACCUAUCCACACUACGGGACUGUGAGCCCUCGGGAGAUUGGGGCUCAGGGUCGCAGGAGUCUGUUUUUGAGUUUGAGAGUGAAGACCUGGAGUUGCUUCCUCUCAGGGACAUUGCUGUGUUUGGAAAUCGUGACAUAACACAGGACUUUGGCUUCACAGUGGGACCAGCGUGCUUCAGCUAG